UCCAUUUUAUCCUCUUCAAUAUGACACAACUCCUCCAUCCUAUAAAUGCUCUCUACUCUAUUUACCCAGUCAUUCAUACUUGGUGGCAGGGGCGAACUGACAACUCAAGGGCCCCCGGACAAUAGGGGAUCAUGGGGCCCCGUAUCCUUGCCCAAACUCAAAAAAGCCUAUGAAAAAGGUACCAGGGGCAUCUCAUGGGGCCCCCUACUGACCUUGGGCCCUUGGGCAGUGCCCGAGUUUCCAAAUGGUCAAUCCGCCCCU